GUGUUUUGAUUGGAAAAUUAUUUCCAUCUCAGUUCUGAUGAGCUAACAGAAUAGUGUUUUUUUUCUAACGAUACGUUUUCUCAUUGUGUUUUGCGUGAUUGGCAUUUUUUCGACGCUCGAACGCGUACAUUCAUCAAAAUUAUCGUACUGCAACUUGCAAAGUUGAAUGCAAGAUAAUUCACGUCUCAGGACGAUACCUUGAAAAAAAGAGCAUUACGUUUUGUCAUUUUAUUGAUGCUGUUGUUUUGAGUGCGAAGUGUUACUUAUCUCUCUAUUUUUCCCUUCUCAACAUGUUAUCUUUUAUGUAACUUUUCGUGUAGGUAUAGGUAUAUUUUUACUCUGUCGAUUAUUAUGUGAUAUACGUGUACGUUCAGUCCACUUUGAAACGUUUUCUCUAGCUCAUGCUACAAGAUGGGUCACUCUCGAUAUUAUACAAUUGCCCGAGCAGCAUUCGGAAUCGGAUUAGUUUUGUUAUCGUCAAUGUACUCUGUGAAUUUAUGGAAUGACUUCAAGCGAAGAAGAAGAAGUUUACCUGAAGUGAUGGCGAGUAUUGCAAGCCUGCACAAACGUGCUAAAAAAAUUCUGGCGAAUCAUCCUGAAAGAAAGAAUCUCGCUCUUGAAGAAACGUUCCAAAAGUAUGCGCAGCAUACCUUAACGAUACCUCAGGAUCCCUUGCCUGAAUACGACCGCCUAAGAGUUGAAUGGAUGCGCAGUGCCACGGAUUAUGUAACCAACGACUUCAAAUGGGGUCAAAUUACUGACGGACAAAUACGCAAUGUACACACUCGUUUAACCAGGUUGGAAAAUCCUGAAAUUUCCGGGGACUACAGAACCCAUGAUUUGGUUCACGAGAGUUAUGGGGAGAUGACCGUUCCUCCCCAUCAUGGUGAAAUUCUACGAUUAAUGGUCGAAUUUUUAGACUGGUGGAAUGCUCAGCCACUUAAUUUUGAAAAUAGAAUACUCAUAGCUGCUGAAGCUAAAUUACGAUUAGUGGCGAUCUAUCCGUUCGCUGAUGCAAAUGGAAGAACUUCGAGAGCGAUAUUUGUUGGACUUUUACGUCAAGUGCCCGAGUUCCCAUUUGUAGUGAUCCCUCACUCAUUAAGACAAAGCUAUUUCACUGCUAUAAAACUGCAUAUUAAAACCGGUGAGACAGAAGUGUUCGUUAAAUUUCUGGUAACGUUGGUCGAAGAAUCGUUUCAGGAUUUCAUUAAAGAAUUAUGUACAAACAAAUUAAAGUAUAAGAUUAUCUCUGAAAAUAAACUCGGUGCUAGCGAAUAGAUGAAUUGUGUGCACCAAUCUCUGGGCGUUUGGGCCAAGGCUGUGUAUCUGAAAAUUUAAUACUAUACCUAAUAUUUAUAUUUAUUUACUGCAGAUUGUAUUAAUUUUUUUCCUCUGCAUCUUUUAUUUAUUUUUUUAUGCUUACUAUAUUUACAAUGCAUCGUUUUAAUUUUUCGUUUUACUUUCAGUCAUGGCUAUGUUUGUAAACUUACAUUGCAUUCUAUACUAUACGUGUAUUUACAAUACCUACUUCGUUUUAAUUUGCCUUAUCUUCUACCUACAUUUACGUUUUCUCUCUUUUUUCAUUUUUUUAAAGUCAAUUUAUUUUACUUUGAGUCAUGGCUGUGUACGUAGACUGGCAUUACAUACCUAUAUGCUGUAUUUUCAUAAUCAUUUUAAUUUUUUUACUCCAUUUUUCUCAUUUUUUUUUUUUUUAAAUUGAGUCAGUUUAUUUGUACUUUUAGUCAUGGCUGCGUUUAUAGAUUUACAUUGCGUUUUAUACUCACUAAAUUUAUGAUACAUCGUUUUAAUUUGCCUUAUCUAUUACCUGCAUAUCUGUUCUCUUUUUUUAAAAGUCAAUUUAUAUUUAUAUAUUUUUCAGCCAUGGCUGUGCACGUAUAUGUUACAAUGAAUACAUUACAUGCUAUAUAUUUACGAUGAA